CCAAAAUUGUCUAUGUAUACACGAACAGAGCAAAGUGUCUACGAAUAUACAUAGACGAUGACGCCUUGAGAAAGUCGAGAACAUCGUAACAGAGGGUUUUCUAGGCCCGUGCCUUUCCCUCUCACUACAAGUGUUAUAGUUAUAGUUAAUAGCCUAGGAUGUUAGUAGUACAAGUUUGUUCGGGAAUAGAUAGAGAUAGGUCCCGGCGGACUAUAAAAGCAGUCCACGUCCAGCGUUAGAGUUCAGACUUUCACUAAGAAUAAAGCAACUACUACCGGAUUUCGGAUUUCGGAUUUUUUGGCGCUAAAACUGUGAUAAUCAAUUUUUUUGCAUGGCCCUCUGGAUUAGGGUUUCUGCGUCAUCGGAAGAAACCUGGUCUCUGUUUGCGACCCUAAUCCAUAGGGCCGUGUUUUUUGGGCCACCGGCCAUAUGUUGUAUAAAGUUGAACAGAAACGCUUAUCUAUUCAAUCUGAAAACGGUUUAACGGGAAAUGGCUUGACGUUAGGUCACCGUGUGUUAGUGAUUGCCGUUCGGGGGACUGGGACUCAAUGUAUCAUAAUUCGUCGUCUAUUGUUUAUAUAAAAAAAAUAAGGUCCCUAAGUUCGGUCCUUAUUCUCCAAAUCCAAAAAUCUGCCCUCUGAACGUAAUACACAAGGUGAAUUUUCUCCGCCCUGGUUGAUUUUUACCCCCCAAAAAUAUGUUAUCUGUAUUUUUCUUCUCAAUACAAACCAAAAAACUUUGUUUGUUUCCAAACAAAAACAAAAAACAUUUGCACGAAGUUUAUAAAAAACCCUCACGUCUUCUACAGUUCUACUUUAUCAUAGCCUCUGUUUUAUUUAUUGUAUUUAGGAGUCUACAUUCUACAACACUAUAAAAAACAUAAGGUUUCUGGCACUUUCUGCUGCAUUUUUUUCUUUUUCACUGUAUACAGUGGAUAGCCUCAUACACAGCCUCAUAGACAUUCACUGCCAUCUCUUGUGUGACUGUGGGUAUCCUAUUGUAGAUUUUUAAAUUGACAGGUUUUGGGUUUCGAAGUUUGAAAAGUCCCGCCGCUUUCAAAACGUGGUGCAGGACUGUGACAGGCUGAGGUGUGAUGCCCAGUGCCUACUGUGACACUGCGGGGGCGAUGAAGAUGUCAUCAUUUGACAAUAAAAAAAUAUAAACAAAUAUUGUGCUCAUCACUUGAGAGUUGAGAAACUGAUAUACUUGCAUACUUGUACAUAUAAAUAUUAAUAUAUUUACAUGUAUACAUGAUGUAUGUAUCAUUUAACCGCAUACACUCGAUAUAUAAAUGAGCACUCUGGGGUAUUCGUUUACAUACUGUAGAGUGUAGAGGGAUUGAGUUGCUUGUAAUAAAUAUUAUAACUAAUCAAAAUUUGUUAGCGGGAUACAUAUCUUCUCACUUCAGGUAAUUAUGUCUGAGUUAGACGUUUAUAGAGAUCAGACCAUCUUCACCCGGUUGAGUACGGUACCUGUGGUAUCGAUGGUGAACGAAUUGGCCGUUAAGAAACAUGCCGAAGCCCUCGAACAGCAUGCCCUCUACAAGCUCGCUUCAGAGUACACUGAGUGUAUAGUAGCCAACGCAAUCCACUAUGCAGAACCCGCCCUUGAUAGCGUGAAGGCCAACGAUCGCUUAAAACAAAUUGAUGUAAUGAUGAUGAGCUAUUUUGAUAGGUUUGUUGCCAAACACCCCGGUGUGAACAUCACUGUUGAGGAAUUAUUAGAAGCGUGGCAUUCAUACUAUGAGUCGAUUGUAGAGCCAAAUCUAGGCUCAUUAAGGGAAAGAGCAGCUCCAUACGUAAACUUUUUGUAUCAGAAGAAAGACAGAUUAGAUACCGUGGUUAGUCAGGUUAAGCAAAGUCUGGGGGGAGACAGCAAUGAGGACAACAUAAACGAGGAACGUACAUCUCUGGUCACUUUCAGUGCUGAAGUAAUCGAGGCCAAUGCAGAUACACCUAAAAAUGGUAAUGAGGCACAGGACUGUUCAGUUGCUCCGGAUACGACCGCAGCUGAGGUUGAGAGUGAAACAACUACAGAGUCUACAGAGCCAGUUAUCCAAGGCGAUACCAAGAUUGUCGAGGAAUUUGCGAAGUGCGUGGCUCGCACUGAGAGUACAUGUUCGCAGCCGGAUGUACAUGCAGAUGUACCCGUUACUAUAGCAAUUAGUGCCACAAAAGACUAUGUAAGUGCGGCCAAAGCUGAAACUAUUGAAGAUAAGGAGCCAGAUGUAUCCGUUACUAUAGCAUCCAGUGCCACAAAGGACUAUGUAAGUGCGGCCAAAGCUGAAACUAUUGAAGAUAAGGAGCCAGAUGUAUCCGUUGCUACAGCAACCAGUGCCACAAAGGACUCUGUAAGUACAGCUGAAGCUGAAGCUAUUGAAGAUAAAGAGCCAGAUGUACCCGUUACUAUAGUAACCAGCGCCACAAAGGACUCUAUAAGUGAAGCUGAAGCUGAAACUAUUGAAGAUAAAGAGUCACAGGUAUCCACGCCAAUUCAGGUUGAAACGGUUGAAACGGUUCAGAUAGAUGUAGAACAAGCAGGAGAUAGUAAGGCGAGCGAAGUUGAACCUAAGGAUUCAACUGAAGCUUCCUUAACAGGGAACACAGAGAGUGGUGAUAAUUUGAGUGCUCCCUCAACAAUCAAAGUAGUAUCGUCGCCGGCGUUGCCCAAGGGCUCGCGAAAGAAGCGCAAUGCCAAACGAAACGUCAAAAAGAAGAGUACGGCGAAAACUACAGUACCUGAAGGAGCACCGUAAGCAAUAGGGCUGACUUGACAGAAAGCACUGUAAUGUAUGACGCAUCUGCAGGUAAAUUGUAAACGAAUUAUUUGCAGAAUAAAGACACCGGUUGGUGGAGUCUGGAGCCAGGAGUGUCUAGCUUCAACGCCGGUAAAUAAAUAAAAUGCAUUUACACUAAAUAGUAAAUACAC